AUGUCACGAUACGCCCACUUCGACUUUUAUCAGCAACAAUCUCCAUCCACAACAAUAGACCCUAAAGGUGAAGACGACGAGAUGAGUGUGCUGGACGACAAGAUCCUCGACCCGAACUCCCCCGGUCUGCCCGAUCGCCGCCAUUCCUACGACACAGAUGCCUUCGCCCAUCGGGAUUCUGUCUGGUCCAACCUGUCUGCCAGUUCCAACCAAGCCUCGUUCAUGCCACCCGAGGGCCCAGCAUACGCCCAGCAUCAUCAGUCCUGGUCUGUAUCUCGUCCCGAGUCCGGCUCAUGUACCCCGACCGCUGGCUACGACCAGUACCCCUCCGAGGGAGACGCUGCCCCUCCUUUCACGGGGGGUGCCGUAGGCCCUGUGAAUGCCAUGCCCAUGACUGCCAUGUACCGCGGCGGCGGAGGCAUCCCGUUUGGUCCGCCGGGCGGGGUGGCCAUGUCGCCGCAGUCGAGUCAUGGAUGGAUGCCGGCGCCGAUGGAUCUGGCGGACGCUGCCCAGUCGACUAAGAGUCCGCCGACUUACCGGCAUGGAUCACCGUUGACCGUUCGACGAGAUGGGAUUCGCAAGAAGAAUGCUCGCUUUGAGAUUCCCGCCGAGAGAACCUUGAGUAAUAUCGACCAGUUGAUUAGCCAGUCGCUCAAUGAGGACGAGGUCAAGGAACUCAAGCAGCAGAAACGACUGCUGCGGAACCGUCAGGCGGCACUGGACUCCCGUCAACGAAAGAAGCUCCACACCGAAAAGCUGGAAGAGGAAAAGAAACACUUCACAGGGGUCAUCAGCGAGCUCGAGGAAGCACUUCAGAACAUGAAGCUGAGGGAGGUAGAGCUCCUGCGCGAGAAGGGCGAAUGGAUGGCUACCCAACAGCAGUACAACCAAUACCUCGACGGUCUGCACAUGGAGAAAGACGAGAUGAUCCGCGUGCAUACGUUGGAGACGGCCGAGCUGCGCAAAAAGAACAAUAUCCUGAUGGAGACGGUUGACAAGCUCGAGCGAGGUGUCAAGCCCGCAGAUCCUGUUGCCGGCGAUUUCGCUGGCUUUGAGAACCUGGCCAUGGACGGCGCGUGGGAAGACUUUACCAUGGCUGACGAUGGACUGUCGCUGAAUAUGCCACACACUGACAAGGCGGUUGAAAAGAUCAACCCUGUUGCGUCGGACUAUCCGUUCAGCUGGAACGCCUUCUACAUGUGUCUGCUCUUUGGAGCCUUCAUUGCGUCGAACAGCACCUCGCUGCCGAGCCGAUCCCUCCCUCAGCUGUCAGAGGAAUACCGUGCCGAGUCUGCGAAUGUGCUGAAAGCAGUACUUGCCUCCUCGACGCCAGAACUAUCCCACCCGUCGGGCCACCCUCUGCCGGGUCCAUCCACUGGACCAGCUCAUCAUCAUAUCCAGAUGGCCCAGAUGGCCGCCGCACCAAUGCCAUCCUCUUCUUCGUCGGGGCUAGAACAGCUGCACAAUACUCUCGUCAUGUCCACCGAAGCCCAAGAGCGCGAGCAGGUCUUUUCUCUCAACGCAAACCAAUACAAUUCCCUGACGACCUUCGAGGACGAUGGCACGGGCGUCAAACCUCAGCAGCCGUCCAACUUGCAAAUGGCCCUCGAAGCGAUGCGCAGCAACCAGCGCAUGCACACCACGGGUCCUCCGGCUUCGGAUGUCUACACCCGUUCUCUCAUGUGGGAUCGCGUCCCCGAGAAGGUGAUCCGGGAUUUCCGUCGCAUGGUCCAGGAAUAUGGCGCCGCGCCUGUUAAAGAGGAGCCAGUCGGGUUUGCUCCCGCCUAG